AUGGCCAAGGUAUCCUGGCCUCAGCAUUUCACCCCAGACGUCGUACAUCUGCCUUGUGACGUAAUUCUUCAGCAGAAGCGGUGCCUGAAGGCGCAUCCAUUGCCAGGAAGGCCCGUCUCUUCGCCGCAGGUGAUACUGUGGCAUUGCAAGCAUCCGCAUGGCCUGUUCUCGAUGUUCUCCUUAGCGCUUGGACACAUGGAGACGUGCGAGAAGAGGGGCGCUGCCCUGCUGGUGGAUUGGUCUUCGGAAGAGUUGCUCUACCGAGGCCCUCCUGGAGAGCCCAACGUUUGGAACGCCUUCUUCUGCCAACCUGCAGAAUUGAAGAUGCCCCAAGAGGCACUCCGCGCUGCCGUUGACAACGGACGGUACACAGAAACGAGCAGCCACAAAGUGGUCUACGGAAAUUACCGGGGAGUUAUCCAGGGCUACGGAAGCAUUCCAGCCCACCAGGCCGCACAAGGCCGUGCCUUGUGCAAGAGAAAUAUUGCAUUGCGUCCAAAGUUUCAGCAAAAGUUGCAGACUGUCAUAGACUCGCUGCCGUUUGGUCGUCUUUUGGCCGUCCACAUACGCCGCAGCGACAAGGGCUGUGAGGCCAAAGCCAACUUCGAGCUUUCGGACGACCGUCUCCUGCAGCGCAUCCUACACCAGUGCCAGGCUUGGGGAAUGAACGGCGUCUUUCUGUGCACUGACGAUGCAUCUUUGAAGCAGCGCCUGACGAACGCCCUAGAGCGGACAGGCUUGUCCGUCUCAACGUACGACGCAACUUUGCCCACAGAUGGAACCAAGGCAGUCCACUUCGACAAGACAGUGGAUGCUUACAAGAAAGCAGAGGACGUGGUGAUGGAGGCACUUUUAAUGGCGAAAGGCUGUCACGGCCUGCUGUCAACGUACUCCAACGUGUCAGCUGCCGUCGUUUACCUCAGCCACGACAAAUACCCGCGCCCUGGGGGAAAGCCAGAGAAGCGAGUCUUUGUAGCAGGUGAUAAGGCCAUUGACCACCAAGCGCACUCGGUGCAUGCAGCUUGCGGGUUCGUUGCACCUGUGCACCUGCAGGCGUUCGUGUUCUACUUGGGCCCAAUGCAAGGUAAGGCCCAUAUUCAAUUGAAGCCUCCGGUCUCUAAGCCUUUCCGCGAGAUCGGGUCGUUCUUUGGAGUGGUUGCCGCCAGCUGCAAAGGCCGAGCUCGCGGAGUGCCAGUGCAGGUGUAUUUCACUUUGGGAUCUUUGGGCUGUGCCACGGAUUCCGGGGUGAGAAGCGCUCAGGGCGACGAGCUCUACCGAUACAGGAGCGAUAUGUUCGGCAUCAACGAGGUCUUUUUGCCCCUCGACCUGUGUUGCGAUGUUGCCCAGAACAUUGACGGCAAGCAGCGCCGUCUCUGCUGCUUUGCGGUGUUGAGAGUCAGUGAUUGCCUGUGGUUCGACAUCAGUUCGUGGUUGAUCCCCGUCAGUGGCGCCCAGCCAUUGCUCCAGGGCAAAGCGCUGUUGCCAGCAGCUGCUCCACAGCCGGCACAGGCAGUCCUUCAUCCCCAACAGCCAGCUCAAUUGCAGGACGUGCAGCGGGACUUGCACAGUGUCGUGCGCAGCCUGCAGAGACAGGCAUGUCAUGCAGCAGACAUGGUGCGCUCUCUGCAGCAACCUGCCAGCGAGGCAAUCGACAGAUCGAGCUCCCAGGCCCGAGAGGCAUCACCCUCAGCGACUUCACUCAUGGUGGCUCGCACGCCUUCCGAAGAGGCACUCCUGCAAAUGUAUCGCCAGCGGCGGUCGGAGGAAAGCCCAGAGCUUGGCUCGAGCCUCGAGCCGCUCGAGGAGCCCUGUUCCAGAGGAGGGGACAUGGAAGGGCCUCACUUUGAGCCGCCGAGGAAGCGAGGCGACUUCCUCAGUUCACGGCCCAGAUUACAUGGAAGCCGCUACGUUGAUGCCCUUCCCGAUGUCGAUCAGCAGCUAGAGAACUCAAUCGUCAUGGGCGAUCUGGCUUGGGUCAAGGACUGCAUCAAGAAGGGUGCAAACGUGAAUUGUCGACUCGACGAGAAGGGCUUUACCCCUCUGAUGCUGGCCUCAGAAGGUGGCUGGGCAAACAUCGUGAGAUACCUGGUGGAGAACACCGAUGUAGAAAUGGAUGCGGUGGAUUCAGGAGGCUUCAAUGCAGCGGACAUUGCCGCACUCAACGGCUACCUUAGCUGGGAGGAGCGAGGUAAGAAUGCUGAUGUCGCAGACAUUGUCAACUAUCUGAAGGACCGAGGCCUCGAGUACACUUGGAGGGGCGCUGUCAUCGGUGGCGACAUCGAUCGCAUCAACGAGUUCCUGGAGAACGGCCAGGACAUCGAGGAAAGAACGGGUUACUACUGCGAGGGCAACUAUCAGUACACGGCCUUCCAAAUGGCCAUGAAGUUUGGACGCCAGAAUGUUGCCCGCUACCUGCUGUGUCUCGGUGCUGUGAUACCCAGAGACAUUUGCGAGACGCAGAUACCUUUCGAAAGUGAGCUCAGGGGUUUCACGUAG